AAUUUAUGGCAUGUUAAAACACAAUUUAUGGCCUGCUUACCCUUUCUUUUCUUUCCCUCUUUUGCCGACUCCCCCAAUUUCUAAUCCCUAACAGCUAAUUUCUAAAUUCCUAACAAAAUAACUUUUCCUUCUCCACUUCAACACCCACCGGCCACCACCAUCAUCGUUCACUGUUAGAGUUUGUUGUAGUUGUUAGCUGGUAGUUAGGGAUUAGUUAUCAAGGCAGUUAGCUGUAAAUACUUGUAUUUAUAUGUAUGUACAUGGUCAAUAAAGAUGAAGCAUUAUUCCACAUUUUAUUUUCAACAUGGUAUCAGAGGGAUUAGUUAUAAGUUCUUUUUUACCAUUGUGGAUGAUUGUUCUAGGAUGUCCUGGGUUUAUCUGUUAAAACUUAAAUAUGAUGCUAUUAUGCAACUCAAAAACUUCUUUGCCUUUGUAAAAACCCAAUUUUCAGCUAUUGUUAGUAUUGUCAGAAGUGAUAAUGGUCGAAAGUUUUUCAAUUCUGAGUGUGGUUCUUUGUUUGCUUCCCUUGGUAUUUUGCAUCAGAGUUCGUGUGUUCACACACCCCAGCAAAAUGGCAUCGCUGAGCGUAAACAUAAACAUUUGCUUGAGGUGGCUAGGGCCCUUCAUUUUCAAUCCAAUGUUCCUGUUAGGUUCUGGGGAGAGUGUAUUUUAUAAUAAACAACCUUCUUUUUCCCAUAUGAGAGUAUUUGGGUGUCUCUGUUUUACUACUAUCCCUAAUAAUACAGACAAAUUUGCUGCUUGAGCCAUUCCUGCUGUUUUUAUGGGAUAUUCUCCUACUCAGAAGGGUUAUAUUUUAUACAACCUGAACACUAAGUCUUUCUUUGUUAAUCGUGAUGUUUCUUUUAGGGAAACUGUUUUUCCUUUUCACGAUUCACCUCAGGCUAUUUCUGGUUUGUUUCCUCCUCAGCCUUCAUUUCCUGAUUCUGACUUUCUUUCUUUCAACAUUUCGUUAUCUUCUGAUUCUGUUUCACAUGACACCUUGGUUUCCCACGACAGUCCUGACUCAUUAGGUACUCAUAACAAUCUUAUUAAUAUGUCAACUGAAAAUCUUGGUUCCUCUGGUAAUAGUCCUACUGUCAUCCGUAAUCCUGUGAAUUAUUCUGUUCUUUCCUUGGGGGUACCGCAUCUGUCUUAUCGUUCUUCAAAACUACCUGGAUGGCUUAAAGACUUUGUUUGCUCCUACCAAUUAACUUCACCUUCAGGGCAGGUUCUUUCUCUUUCUCAUUUUCCUCUUCAUAUCCAAUCAUUUUUUUCUGCAACAACUAUUCCUGAACUUUCAUCCUUUUCUGAAGCCUGUAAAAAUCCUGAAUGGAUUGGUGCUAUAAGAGAGGAAAUUCUUGCAUUAGAUUCAACUAACACUUAAGAUGUGGUUCCUUUGCCUCCAGGCAAGGUCCCUAUUGGAUGUAAAUAGGUAUACAAAGUCAAAUAUCGUGCCACUGGUGAGGUGGAGAGAUAUAAGGCUCGUUUGGUAGCGAAAGGAUACAACCAGCAGGAGGGGAUUGACUUUGUGGACACUUUCUCUCCGGUUGUGAAGAUGGUGACAGUGCGGACUGCUCUAGCUCUUGCAGCGCAUUUUCAGUGGCAUUUGUGUCAGAUGGACUUUUAUAAUGCCUUCUUACAGGGGCAUUUGCAUGAAGAGGUUUACAUGGAGAUGCCACUGGGAUUUAGCAGCUAAGAGGAGAAGAUGGUUUGUAGGCUGCGAAAAUCCUUGUAUGGGCUGAAACAAGCUUCCAGACAUUGGAAUAUUAGGCUUACUGAGGCCUUGCUUGAAGCCGAGUUUACACAAAGUAAGUAUGAUUACUCUUUGUUUACAAAAAGAGUUGAAGGAAAAAUUGUGGUGUUACUUGUAUAUGUGGAUGAUUUACUGAUAGCAGGGAAUGAUAUUAAUAUGAUAAAGGAAUUAAAAGGGUUUUUAAAUACGACCUUCAAGAUGAAAGAUUUGGGAGACUUGAGGUACUUUCUUGGAAUUGAGGUGUUGAGGUCUAAGGAAGGAAUUGUGUUGAGUCAGAAGAAGUAUGCCCAUGAAUUAAUUGAAGACACUAGCUUAAAAAAUGCUAAAACAGCUUCAACGCCAUUGGAGCAAAAUUUGAAGUUGACAACGGUGGAUUAUAAUAAAGGCAUACAAAAUGAGGAUGCACUGCUAGAAAACAAAAACAAGCUAUUAGAGGCUGAUUGGACGAUUAAUCUACUUGACUCAUACUAGACCUGACAUAGUGUUUGCUGUACACUAUCUUAGUCAAUUUAUGCAGCAGCCAAAACGGUCUCACAUGGAGGCAGCAAUGAGGGUUGUCAGGUAUAUCAAGAAAGAUCCAGGCCAGGGUUUGUUGUUCAAGGCUGAUAAUGAAGGAAAAUUAGCUGCGUUUUGUGACCCUGAUUGGGCAGCUUACACAAUGACGAAAAGAUCUGUCACUG